AUGAACAAAUUCGUGUUCUUCUGUGCAUUGUAUUGCUUUGCUCUGGUAGAUACUCAGUCACCUACAGGAGGUGAAUGCCGGUGUGGUGAUGGCUCCUCUGCUCCAUCUGGGGAACUGUGCAUUUUCACCAACCAACGUGGAGGCAACAGUGAUGAGAAACAAGGUAAGUCUCAAUGGUGUGAUUUUGAAACUGCUCUGUGCAAAGCUCUUCAUGAAUCAAAUGUACAGCCUGGAUGGAUGAGAAGAAAUGGUCAGUCUGACAUGGGACCACCGUACUCUGACCACAAUGGGAAUGACAGUGCUUAUUUUCUCUCAUUGUCCUCUGAAAUGCCAUCCUCUUCUGCAACUUUAAGGACCAAUGUUUUCCUUCCAACUGAUGAAGAACAUGUUUGCCAGAUUACAUUUCAUUAUUGGAUCAGCCAAACAAGUGGAACAUUGAUUGUCGGGCUUCAAAAGCACUCUGAAGAUACUAUUACAAACAUCUGGCAAGAUUCAGGAGAACUACAAAAUCAGUGGAAAGCAAGUACCAUCAUAAUCCACAGCACUGAAAAGUAUGAGGUUAUAUUUUGGGGGAUGGUAGAGACACAGAGACAAGAUGAAACUGUCGCCAUUGAUGAUAUUACUUUCAGUGAAGGAUGUUCCCUGGCAAGUGUAUCUCAGAUUUCCAGUUUCGAACUUGGCAUGUGCGAGUGGCAUUCAGAUCAGCCAUCUGGGCCUCCUGUGUGGGCACGACUGCAAGCUGGGCACAAGAUUGCCUCCUGUUCUUUCCUGAAAGAUUGGAGCAACAAUACUGAAGGCCAUUUUGAGUGGUUAGAAGCCAAUGACAAUGCAUUAUAUAGAAGUGCUUAUCUUAACAGCUCCAUGUGUCAUUGCUCCAGCAAGAACUGCCAUUUUCAGUUUCAUUACUCCAUGGCAGAUAGCAGCAUUCUCAAGGCGGUACUGUUUACUAAUCAGGAGGAACAUAUUGUGUGGGAAACCAACAUCACAACUAAGAAGGAAUGGGUCAAAGUGGAUAUAGAGUUACCAACAGAGCUAGAAAAAUUAAAGCUUAUGUUUAAAGGAACACUGCAGAGCAGGGCAAGUUUCAUCUGUCUGAAUAGCAUCCAGCUCUUGGACACUACACCAUCAGAGCCACCAGGUUUCUGCUCCUUUGAAGAAUUCACCUGCACUGAUGGGCAGUCCACGGAGCCUGGAUCAGCCUGUGACUUUCACCCAGAUUGUUCUGAUGGCAGCGAUGAGGAUCCAGCAGCCUGCUUGAAUUACACUAUAUGUGAUUUUGAGACUGACCUCUGUGGAUGGAAGCCACUAAGCAUAGGUGAUGCUGACUGGAAGGUAAUGAAAGAACAGGCUCCCCUUGACAGGAGACUCCCUGGCAGAGAUCAUACAGCUAAUAUUGGACAUGGAGCAUUCAUUUACUUCAGUGGCUCAUAUCAGAUGAACGCGAAGAUGGCCGUGUCUCGUCUGGGGAGCCCUUUCCUCAUCAGCCUGUUCCCGGGGCCCUCCUGCUGUCAGGUCAGAUUUUGGUACCAGUUAUCUCAAGAUUCCCAGCUUUCUAUUUUUAAGAGGACUGCACCAGAAGGAAGUUUGGAAAAAUUGUAUGACAUUUCAGGAUUGCCUGAGAUGCGGUGGAAAAAAGUGAAUAUACCUGUAGAAAGCGUAGCUGAAGACUUACCUUUUCAGAUUAUUUUACAAGCUGCCAUUGUAACAACUAAUGCUACUGUUGCUGUUGAUGACAUCACUAUAACAGAGGAAUGUAGAAUUUUGAACAAAUCCCUUCCAGGUGUCAGCCAAGAAAAUGAAGCUGCUGUAUGUGACUUUGAAAGAGACAGCUGUGGUUGGGUUGAAACUGCAAAUGAAGAUGAAUUUGACUGGGUAAGAAGUUCGAGUAGUGCUCUUGCACCUGCUUUUCAGAAGCAAGCUCCUCCGCAGGAUCAUACCUACAACAAAUCUGAAGGUCAUUUUAUGUUCAUUCUGAAAAACAGCAGCAGCAUUUCACAAGUAGCUCAGCUACGAAGCCCAGAGUUCAGACAAACUGGAUCAAAUUGCACAUUGUCCUUUUGGUAUUACAAUUACGGACAGUCAGUUGGAGCGGCAGAGAUGCAACUGCUUGUGGGUGGGAUGAAACAGCCUACUGUUCUUUGGAGGGCAUAUUACAACGAGGGAAAUCAAUGGCUCAAGGCAGUCAUUCAGCUUGGACGCCUUCCACAUCCUUUUCAAUUAUCACUUGAUAAAAUCAGUCUGGGUUUUUAUGAUGGUGUCUCAGCAAUUGAUGAUAUUAUGUUUGAAAAUUGUGCUUGUCCACACCCAGCAUUAAGUUGUGAAGGUCCUAAUCGUUUCUGGUGCAGAGACACAAAAGCAUGUAUUGAUAGUUUAUUGGUCUGUGAUCUUGUGGAUAACUGUGGGGAUGGAUCAGAUGAAGAAAACUGUA